AUGGCCUGGGGGCCCCUCGUGAUGGCCCUGGGGUUUGUCUUUGGGGGCCUCACCAGUUUUGGGCUUUCGCUGGCGAACGACAUUUGCCGUUUGCGCCGCCGCCAGUCCGCAGCCAAGAAGCAGCGGCGCCGCAUUGAUAACCUCAUGCGCUGGGCCAACUACCACUUCGGGACCAGCCAGUCGCAGCUGCAGCUGAUCUUCAAGGUGGUGUUGGAAUACCAAGUGUUGGCGCGACUCGGCGGCAGCUCGAAGACCGCAAGGUCGCAGCUGAAGCUGCUUUAUCAGUUCAUCUCCCGGGACGACGUGGGCCACUGCCUCUGGCUCUACCUCGACUACUUCCUGCUGCACUCCAGCCAAAUGACCCGCAGCGAACUCUCCAUGUGUUUUCUCGUUUGCAAAGUCUCCACGCAGUGCGUCCAGUCCCUCAGGAAAAGGCCUCCGCCUGUGGUGGUUCGAAUGCUCGAAAUGCUGCAAGACGAGCAAGUUGAAUAUAUUUUCCGAAGAGCCAAAGCAGCAGCAGCUUGGUCCAAAAAUGCUGAGGCAGAAAGAGAAGAAAGACUCAUUUUAUGCGCCGAUGUGAAUGAGGAGGUUCAGCGCCACGUGAUGAAGGGCGGCGAUCUCGUGCAAGCUCUGCGAAUCGAGUCGUCGUCGCCUCUUGUCGGCAGCGACACUUCAGAGUCUGCUUUUGGCGCCUCCGAAGAAGAAGCCAAACAAGACAUCUCCCCAGGAGACCUUAUGCCCCGCAGCGAGUUCAAUGUGGCUUUGCCCACAGAGCCUGCAAUUGAUUUGGGCCGCCAGGCUUCAGUGCUGCGGGAAGCAGCAGCAGCAGCAGCAGCAGCAGGAGCAGCAGCAGCAGCAGCAGGAACUGCGGCCACCAACGCAGCAGCAACAGCAGCGGGAGCAGCGGGGCACGCGCCUUCGCCAAACGCAGCAGCGGCAGCUGCAGCGAGCGCUGCAAGCGGCAGCAGCGGGACCGGAGCAGCAGCAGCAGCAGCAGCAGCUGCUGCUGCUGCUGCUGCUGCUCCUUCCAGAAGCAUGCGGAGCGAGCGCGUGGACUCUCUCAAGACCUUAACUGCCAACACCUCCUUGCAGGAAAGAGACAAAAUCAAGUCCCGGAGAUCCUCAAAACUCGACAAAAAACCUACUGAAGGGCCUCCUCGGCUGUUUCGGUCUUACGAGGACUUGGUGAAUUUUGACACGAAGUUGAAGCACCAGACGCCCAUCGCGUCGUACGAGAUGCAGUUUCUGGAGGAGAAGUGCGUGCAGAGCGCAGCAGACCCGCAGUGGGAGCUGACGGUGAACCAGCCCUUGCUGAAAGUCUUCAAGUUCAACUCCAGCGAAAGCCCGGUGGUUCUCGUGAAGGCCUUCGCGGAGCUCGAGGCCGUGCCCCUCAACGUGCUCUGCCACCACAUCCGCCACAUCCCCACGCGGCUCAAGUGGGACACGACGUUUGGGGACUACCGGGUGAUUGAGGAAGACGUGGACGGCUGCGAAAUGAUUUACUGCCUCAUGAAGGCCCCCUUUCCCGUUUCAAACAGGGACUUCCUCCAGUGGAGAAGAACUGAAGAAGACCCAGAGGCCAAAGUCGUCCGCAUGCUUAUGAGGUCGGCUGACCAUCCCUCGAUGCCGGAAAGGAGCGGAGUGGUCAGAGCUGAGACUUUGAUUUCAGGCUACAUAAUGCAGCAAAAGCCCAACGAUGAAAACUCCUCCACUCUUUUCAUUUUGGCGCAAACAGACGUGAGAGGUCUCAUCCCCAAAUGGAUUGUCAACACCACCGCCGCGAGGGCCCCCGUGGGCUGGGUGGAAAAUCUGAAGAAGGCCUGCAAGGCUUAUAUGAAGGAACACGGCACUUACGUGCCCCCGUACAACCCAACUGCUUGA